CGUCCUGCGCAGGCCCGCCCCUCUGUUCGGCCCCGCCCCCUCUGCCGGGUCCUGCGCAGGCUCGCCCGCUGGCUCCCGGUGACCCGCCAGACAUGGUGAACCUGGGCCUGUCCCGGGUGGACGACGCCGUGGCCGCCAAGCACCCGGGACUCCGGGAGUAUGCCGCGUGCCAGUCGAGCGCCUUCGUGAAGGGCAUUUUCACCUUUGUCACAGGCACCGGUGCAACCUUCGGCCUGCAGAUGUUCCUUCAGAGGAAGUUUCCGUACCCCUUCCAGUGGAAGGUGCUGGUGGCCGUAGUCACAGGCUCAGUGGCCAGCUAUUGGGUGACCCGAGUGGAGUCGCACAGAUGCAGCAACCUCUGGCUCUUCCUGGAGACGGGGCGGCUCCCCAAAGACCUGGGCACAGAUCGGCGCAGCUAGGAGAGCUCCAGCUGGGGCGCAGAAGACCUGGGCCAAAGACUUCCGGAACACAGCCCUCAGGGCGUCUGCACCCCAAACUGGCCCUCUCCCCCCACAAAGACCCUCCCCACACCCUAAGGUGACCCAGCGGGUGUCCCCUGCACACAGGCGUGGCCAGAUCUGCCAAACCUGUGCAAACUGCUUCCACACCGGCCCAGGAGGUCAGACCAGAGGGGCUGUCCCCAUGGUGGUUGGCUCCCAUAGGGCAGUGAGAAACACGGUGGCCACCGAGGCUGCAGAGGGUCAGAGAGGCUCUGGGCACUUGGCGGAAGGGCCAUCUGCAUGCUCUGGUGCUCUGACACUGCCUGUCUGGCCCCGGCGUCCCCCACAGUCAGAGGGGACAGCUGCUGCUGGGGGGCGCUGGACAAAUAAAUGCCUUGCCCUUCUCCA